AUGUCCACGCUGUACCCCUCUCUGGAGGACCUGAAAGUCGACCAGACCAUUCAGGCCCAGGCCCGAGCUGCGCCCAUGAUGCCUGCCCUGCCGGUUGAAGAGGCGACCAUCCCCCAGCCUCCAGUUUUGUAUCCCAAUCUGGCAGAACUGGGGAGCUAUAUGGGCCUCUCCCUCUCCAGCCAAGAAGUUCAGCAGAACCUGCCUCAGAUCACACAAGGUGACAAUAGAGUGGCCCUGGGCCCGUCGCCAGGCCUGGUGGUGGCGCCCGUGUCUGGGAACAGCCUGGGCGUUCGACGUGCGGAGAUCAAGCCCGGGGUGCGCGAGAUCCACCUGUGCAAGGACGAGCGGGGCAAGACCGGGCUGCGCUUGCGCGCCAUUGACAAGGGUGUCUUCGUGCAGCUCGUCCAGGCCAACACCCCUGCAUCCCUCGUGGGGCUGCGCUUCGGCGACCAGAUCCUGCAGAUCGACGGGCGUGACUGUGCGGGCUGGAGCACCGACAAAGCCCACCGCGCAGUGAAGAAGGCCUCAGCCGAGAAGAUCGUCAUGGUGGUUAGGGACAGGCCGUUCCAGCGGACUGUCACCAUGCACAAGGACGGCGCGGGCCACGUUGGCUUCGUCAUCAAGAAAGGGAAGGUCGUGUCGGUGGUCAAAGGGAGCUCGGCCGCCCGCAACGGGCUGCUCACCAACCACUAUCUGUGUGAGGUCAACGGGCAAAAUGUCAUUGGGCUCAAGGACAAAGAGACCACGGAGAUCCUGGCCCUGGCUGGGAAUGUCGUCACCCUGACCAUCAUCCCCACGGUCAUUUAUGAGCACAUGGUCAAAAAGUUGUCUCCCACCCUGCUCCACCACACCAUGGACCACUCCAUCCCAGAUGUCUGA